AUGACUAUCAGAAUCUUAUUUCUAUUGUUUUUAAACGUUCGUUUAGUAGUGAUGUUACGCUUUGAAACAUCGAUUGCAGAGAAAGUGUGGAGCGAACGAUGUUCAAGAAACAGUAUUGCUUUGAACGAUUGCAACUGGUGCCACUGCGGUCCUAAGAGCCAAUACACUUGCCGGGCUCGAGACUGCAGCGAAGUUGAUAUGUUUGGUCACUUCAAUGAUGCCAUCACUCAUAUGGAUGUAGGAAUGGAAGGCCGCGGCGUCUGGCGAUCAGAGAAAACUCCUUGCGAAGCAGGAGUGCACUACCGCAAGAACGAGCUUCUGUGCGUAUGCACCGAAGAAGGCACGUGGCCCAACCCGGUCUGCCGAGACAUCUUCAGAGUCCUACACACCGUAGAAAUGACCGACUCAAAGAAACCAGCCGAGAACACCAGCUGUAGUGCAACCAAAGCCUACCUCUAUGACUGCAAUGUUUGUUUCUGUCCCGAAUCAGGUCUAAUAGACACAAAGUUUUGCACAAAAAGAAAAUGCGAAAGCGAAAAAGUCUCAAAAGCUCACACUGACGACGACAGAGUUGAAGAGGUAUACGCCACGUGUACCCCUAGUAAAAGAUAUAAGCUCGGCUGUCAAAUUUGCGUCUGUCUCCGAAACAACCGGCUCUUAUGUGACAACUGUACUGCCGAAGACGAUCACGAUAUGGCUACAACGCAAAAUACUGCUUGCUACCAGAAAAAAGCCGGUACUGUGUUUAAAAAAGCUUGUAACUUCUGCCAUUGUAACAAGAAAGACACUAUAUACUGUACAGCGAAGAAGUGUUUGCAGGCACACACGCAGAUCUCUUUACCGCAGCUGAGUUACGAAGAAGCGCAACAGAGUGAGGAUGAGUUUAACUGUGUGCCUGGAACCAAGUAUGAGAAGGACUGCAAUACGUGUCACUGCUUCAUGCUGGACGGAGUGAAGUACUUUGGAUGUACGAUGAACAUCUGCAAGCAGCCAACUGAAUUAUUGCACGACAGGACCUGUGUCGAAGGAACCUCUUACCAAGUCAACUGCCUGAUCUGCCACUGUGUCAUGGAAAACGAUGAGAAACGCGAGUACUGUACUAUUGACGAGGCUUGUAAGACAGCAGACAAGACGCCUAAGGAGCUAUCUACAAUGCAUGGCUAUUGUGAACCUAUGCAUUUUUAUCAGUCGGACUGUAACAAAUGUCGAUGCUUGGCUGACGGUAAGACAGUUGCAUGUACAUCGAAGUUAUGUUCGAAGAAAAAGGAGAAACUGAAGGAAAUUUUCACGGAUACUAGAGGUAUUCCAAAAUUUCGAGGAGAUUUGAAGCCGCCGCCUGAUCAGCCUAUGAUGAUGGAGUUCAUACCAUUCGUGCAGAAGGAUAAUUCUUGUCCUAAGGGACAAACUUACAUGGUAGAUUGCAAUGUUUGUUAUUGCAUGAAAACUGGUAAUGCUGUGUGUACGACGAAGCAAUGCUGA